AUGGUAGUAUCAAGAGCAGACUUUAUUGACGUAAUCAGGGAUAUCACCAGAGGUUGGGAAAUGCCAGGAACGUUCAGCCCCCUCACUGUUGGCAAUCUCUUCGGUCACAAAUCGCAGCCUCAGUUGCAACCAGCUCGGCAACACUUGAAACCCGUCUCGCAAGCUGCGCGAUCCUCUCUAGAUCUCCUAAAACUCCCACUCGGCCGACCGAACCGACCACCGAAGCCCUCCUUGACCACUCCCAUAGAUCGAAAGCUCAAGGACACGAUACAAAACCUCGAUGAGAUCUUGACGCCGUACAAGACCGGCCACCCGAUCACCUACAACACAAUCACCGCUUCACCGAGGACGAUUCGGCAAACAGGCCCCAAGCUCGUCCGCGUGCUAGCAUCGAAUCUCACACAAAAACCCCAUCCCUGCGAGAGCAGACGGGGGCGGAAAAAGGGUCGUCUCGGAAGCACGAUCGACCAUCCGCAGGGACCGCAAGUCUUCGAGCGCGCCUUCCAUUCAAAGCCCCGGAGCCCACAUGUGUCGAUCUCGCGUUCCGAUCAAAUAGGGCAAACCCAAGCCCGCUUCGUCGGUUCCCGGAGAGGGCCUGAUGCCGACGACGUUGAGGCUUUGUCCGACGCGGAGCGAAUGUACGGGUGGGCUGUACAGAACUGUCGAAGGGCGAUUGCAGACACUGAAGUAUUACUUCAGGAGACGGAAGGAAAUGCUUCUUUCUGCCAGACCACCCGAGCCAAAUUACGCUAUCCACAGCGUUAG